CCACCACCACCACCACCACCACCACCACUGUGUUACUGUCCACCACCACCACCACCACCACCUCCACCACUGUGUUACUGUCCACCACCACCACCACCACCACCAGCACUGUGUUACUGUCCACCACCACCACCACCACCACCACCACCUCCACCACCACCACCACCACCACCACCACCACCACCACCACCACCACCACCAGCACUGUGUUACUGUCCACCACCACCACCACCACCACCACCACCACCACCACCACCAGCACUGUGUUACUGUCCACCACCACCACCACCACCACCACCACCACCACCACCACCACUGUGUUACUGUCCACCACCACCACCACCACCACCACCACCACUGUGUUACUGUCCACCACCACCACCACCACCACCACCACUGUCACUGUGUUACUGUCCACCACCACCACCACCACCACCACCACUACAACUGUGUUACUGUCCACCACCACCACCACCACCACCACCACCACCACCACCACUGUGUUACUGUCCACCACCACCACCACCACCACUGUGUUACUGUCCACCACCACCACCACCACCACCACCACCACCACCACCACUGUGUUACUGUCCACCACCACCACCACCACCACCACCACCACCACCACCACCACCACCACCACCACCACCACCACCACCACCACCACCACCACCACCACUGUGUUACUGUCCACCACCACCACCACCACCACCAGCACUACAACUGUGUUACUGUCCACCACCACCACCACCACCACCACCACCACCACCACUGUGUUACUGUCCACCACCACCACCACCACCACCAGCACUGUGUUACUGUCCACCACCACCACUGUGUUACUGUCCACCACCACCACCAGCACUGUGUUACUGUCCACCACCACCACCACCACCAGCACUGUGUUACUGUCCACCACCACCACCACCACCACCACCACCACUGUGUUACUGUCCACCACCACCACCACCACCACCACCACCACCACCACCACCACUGUGUUACUGUCCACCACCACCACCACCACCACCACUGUGUUACUGUCCACCACCACCACCACCACCACCACUGUGUUACUGUCCACUACCACCACUGUGUUACUGUCCACCACCACCACUGUGUUACUGUCCACCACCACCACCACCACCACCACCACCACCACUGUGUUACAGUCCACCACCACCACCACCACCACCACUGUGUUACUGUCCACCACCACCACCACCACCACUGUGUUACUGUCCACCACCACCACCACCACCACCACUGUGUUACUGUCCACCACCACCACCACCACCACCACCACCACCACUGUGUUACUGUCCACCACCACCACCACCACCACCACCACCACCACCACCACCACCACCACCACCACCACCACUGUGUUACUGUCCACCACCACCACCACCACCACCACUGUGUUACUGUCCACCACCACCACCACCACCACCACCACCACCACCACUGUGUUACUGUCCACCACCACCACCACCACCACCACCACCACCACCACUGUGUUACUGUCCACCACCACCACCACCACCUCCACCACCACCACCACCACCACCACCACAGUGUUACUGUCCACCACCACCACCACCACCACCACCACCCCCACUGUGUUACUGUCCACCACCACCACCACCACCACCACCACUGUGUUACUGUCCACCACCACCACCACCACCACCACCAGCACUGUGUUACUGUCCACCACCACCACCACCACCACUGUGUUACUGUCCACCACCACAACCACCACCACCCCCACUGUGUUACUGUCCACCACCACCACCACCACCACCACCACCACCACCACCACCACUGUGUUACUGUCCACCACCACCACCACCACCAGCACUGUGUUACUGUCCACCACCACCACUGUGUUACUGUCCACCACCACCACCACCACCACCACCACCACUGUGUUACUGUCCACCACCAGCACCACCACCACCACCACCACCACCACCACCACCACCA